AACCCAAAAGUUCCUCUCUCUCUCUCUCUCCAAGACGCGUUUCAAUGGCAGCUGUUGUAGCUGUAACUUGUUCACAUUUAUCUAAUCUUAUCUCUAAAUUUCAAUUCUUUUCACUGUAUCAUCUGGACAAGCACAAACACAUGUUCUCUCAUUUGUUCUUCUUCUUCCUCUCCUUCUUUGCGUUUUCUGUGUCCUUCUUUAUCUUUCUAUAUGUUCUCUAUAAGAGUUUCAACAAGCCAAAGCGAGAAGAACAGACCCAGAACGGUGACACUUCUGUUAUAAACCGUUAUUUGUCCAAAAUAAUCGAUGGAACUCGGAAAAACCGUGAAAAUGACGCAACCCAUUUAACUCAUUCUCUUCUUCUCGACAUCUUGCCAUCCGAUUCUCCCAAAUGGGCCUCUCUAUUUGGCAAUUACCCUGAUGAAACGAGGUCGGGUCAUGGCAAUGACCGUGACGGGUCAGCCGGGGAUUCACAGAUAGCGAAAAAGAAGAAGAAGAGGGCGAAGAAGAAGAGAGUGGAUUCCAAGAGCGAAGAAAAUGGGGGUGAAGACAAGGGCUUAGAGAGACAAAGCGAAGGUUCGGAUUCGGGGUCGGGUCAGGUUAAGCCGGAGUUAGUUUGUUUGUACCCGUUCACUUCAACGAGUAGUGCCACGCAGAGGAAGAUCAAGCAGCAGUAUGAUCAGCUUGUCAAGUGUAAUGAAAGCAAGGGAUUGACACUGGCUCAGGUUGGACAAUUUGCUAAUUGUUUGAUUGAAGCUAGAAAUGAGUUACAACACAAGUCUGAGGUCAUCAAACGCAAGUUCACAAUAACAAAGGCUCUUCUAUUCAAGGCAGACAGGUCUUCAAUGGAUCGCCUCAGUCAACAGAUUUACAAGCUGGAGCUUGAACAAAAGAGAUUAGAAGAGGAUACAUUUGUUUAUAAUUGGCUCCAACAACAACUUAAACUCUCACCAGCAUACGAAAAGAUGCUUGAAAUCAGUGCUUGCAUGGAAUUGAAGGCCAAGUCUGGUGAGCUGAUUGAGAACAAAGAUACUGAAGUUGGUGAUAUUUCCUUUGAAGAGCUAUUAGCACAAGAAAAGAAGGAUGCAUUUUGGCAGAAAAAUGGGAAAUCAAGGUUAUACUCAAGCCAAUGAUAAUGCCUGUUAGGUGAACAUUGAUGAUGGAAUUUUGUAACAUGUAUAUGUGAUAUCCAACCGUUGAUUUCUUUUUACCUUUUUUUGAGGCUGCAAGUGCUUCUUUGGGUCUCCUUGUUGAAGAGAAUUAUGGCCAUUAUGUAUUGAAUCCUUAGGUUUUUCCAUUGGAAGCUAGUUAGUCCUUAAUAUGAUGAUCUGGAUUAGUUUAGGCAUUUUUAGCCUUUUGCUGAACUACAAACAUUCUAGUAUGAUUAUCAAGUUGUUUGCUCUUUAAA